AGUCGACAGUGGAAGCUAAGAGCUACACAGAGAAACAAAAAGGAUUUGAAAGAGGAAUUUGAAGAAAAUGCCAAUCAAUAGAAUUGCAGUUGGGACGCCAGGAGAGGCAAGCCACCCUGAUGCCAUAAGGGCUGCCUUUGCUGAGUUUUUCUCUAUGCUCAUCUUUGUUUUUGCUGGGGAAGGCUCUGGCAUGGCUUUCAACAAGCUAACUAACAACGGGUCAACCACACCGUCUGGGCUUGUAGCUGCAUCAUUGGCACACGCUUUUGCACUUUUUGUUGCUGUCUCAGUGGGUGCAAACAUUUCCGGGGGUCAUGUAAAUCCUGCUGUCACAUUUGGUGCAUUCAUUGGUGGCAACAUAACUCUGUUGAGAGGCAUUUUGUAUUGGAUUGCACAGUUGCUUGGAUCAGUUGUUGCUUGCUUGCUACUCAAGUUUGCCACCGGUGGAUGGGAAACAGCAGCAUUCUCUCUGUCGUCUGGUGUGUCAGUGUGGAAUGCUCUAGUGUUUGAGAUUGUGAUGACCUUCGGCUUGGUCUACACAGUGUAUGCCACAGCAGUUGAUCCAAAGAAGGGCAAUGUAGGCAUUGUUGCACCUAUCGCAAUUGGUUUGAUUGUCGGUGCCAACAUUUUGGCUGGGGGUGCGUUUGAUGGUGCAUCCAUGAACCCAGCAGUGUCGUUUGGGCCUGCUGUGGUCAGCUGGUCAUGGACUCACCACUGGGUCUAUUGGGCUGGCCCAUUGAUUGGUGCUGCCAUUGCAGCUCUUGUCUAUGACAACAUCUUCAUUGGUGAUGGGGCCCACGAACCACUACCCAACAAUGAUUUUUAGAAAGUUGUCAUUGCUUGGUUAAAGAUUUAAGGAUGCAAUUGUUUGUUCAACUGAAGGGGCUCAUGGGAAUUGAAUGAUCAAGUCAUAUUUCAUGUACUUUUGUUGUAGGUUUUACUUUUACUAGUGUUUUGUUUGUGAGGAGAGUAGAACUCAGCUAGUUGGUUUGUCUUUUCUAAUCUUUGGAAAUGCAUUGUUCGUUUUAUAA